AUGUCUUUUACAAAGAUAGACAAAUCUAAAUUGAUUAAUUUUGGGUCAAUAUUAAAUCAGAUUAAUGAUUGGCAACACUCUUCUUUUUCAGUAUUUUCUUAUAAAUAUGGUCAAAUUUCUCAAAGAGUCUCCUGUAUCUCAUUGUUGGUGAAUCUACUUAUGAUAAUUAUAUAUGUGAUUGAACUGUAUAAUGAAUUGAGGCGACGAUCAAGCAAUCGGCUACCUCAAGACAUAGAAAGACAGCCAUCGGAGCAGGAGCAAGAGCAGCAGCAACAACAGCAAGAUUCAAGGGCAAUCUUUAGUGAUGAGACCAAUAUUGUCAUAAACAAUAAUCAAGCAACUAACUGUGCUAAAUGCCUGGAAGAGUUCAACGACGAGGAGGAUGAUUGUAGGGUUUGUUUUAAGUGCAAACAUCAGUACCAUAGACUUUGCAUAAAUCAAUGGUUGGCAAAGGAGAAACAUUGCCCACUUUGUCACCCAAGGGUACCCGCCCUAGUGGUAGCACUCUUUUUGAUAGAAAAUCCUCAUGAAGACAAGCAAGUGAUUUUCAACAAGAGAAUGAGGCGAACGUUAGGUCUCCAACGUAUUGAAACUGGGCAACGACAAAGCAAUCAACUACUUCAGGCCAUGCAAAGACGACAGCCAUCGCAGUGUGCUGUAUGCCUGGAAGAGUUCAAGGACGACGAUGAGGAAGAUUGUAGAUCACUGGCUGGCAAAGGAGACACGUUGCCCACUUUGUCAUGGUUCUACCCCUGGUUCAAGAUCAUCGCAUUAGAUAACCGACGUAGUUCAAGCCUAGAGGCUUUGACCCUACCAAUUUCUUCAGAUGCAAACACAAUAUCUUGA